GAAUGAGUCAACCAAGCAGCGAAUUAUUCUACCCCUCGGUUUUCAAUUCCUUUUGGCCUUAUUAUAUCUUCUCAAUCCAACCUCAAACGAUUAUUGAAAUUUAGAACAUAGUUUUAUACAAGGGGCUGGAUUGUUGUUAUGGUUUUAUCCCUCUAUGAAAUAUAAAAGCUGAAAUACUAUCUAUUCAUUCCGCACAUAAAGAGAGCUUUUUCCUUCCUGAAGAGAUACACAAGCAAACGAAUAUGGCACAAUCGGCAAAGUCCACCAAGAACAUGGGCGGGGCUGGAGGAAAGGGAGCACAAGGAGGUGCUUCCAAGGGCAAAAAGGGUGCUGCUGCAGGGGGAGGAGGAAAGAAAGAAGAUGAGAGAGAUGAGACAUUGCAAGCUGUGGUACUGGCCGAUUCCUUCGAGACGAGGUUUAACCCUUUUACAUUGAACACACCAAGAUGUCUGUUACCUCUAGCCAAUACGCCUCUCAUCGAAUACACACUCGAAUUUCUCGCCAUGUCCGGUGUCGCGGAUAUCUAUAUAUACUGUGGUGCACACACCGAAGCUGUAGAAGAGUACCUUCAAAAUUCCAAAUGGGAUCCACGAACUUCGCCCUCGUCACCUUUCAGCAAACUCAUGAUUGUUAAAACUACGGCUCACUCGGUUGGAGAUGCGAUGCGGGAUUUGGACGCGCGAAAUUGGAUUACGGGCGAUUUUCUACUGGUUCAUGGGGACUUGGUCUCGAAUUUACCGAUUGAUGCCGCGCUGGCUGCACAUAGAGCAAGGAGAUAUGCGAAUAAAAAUGCUAUUAUGACUAUGAUUUUAAGAUCAGCUGGAUUGGAAGAGCAUAGGACAAAAUCGAAUGGUAUCACCCCGGUUUUUGUUUUGGAUCCAACGAAGAACCGAUGUCUUCAUUAUGAAGAGAUGAACCCUCUUCAAUCGAAUAAAUAUCUCAGUCUCGAUCCGGAUAUAAUUUCAGAAAACUCCGAAAUAGAGAUUCGUACAGAUUUUAUUGAUUGUGGUAUCGAUAUUUGUACGCCGGAUGUGCUAGCAUUAUGGGCGGAAUCUUUCGACUAUGAGGUUCCUAGAAGACAUUUCUUACAUGGUGUAUUGAAAGAUUAUGAAUUGAAUGGAAAGACUAUUCAUACAGAGAUUGUAACAGAUCAUUACGCAGCUCGAGCAUUUAAUCUACAAGCUUAUGAAGCCAUAACUAAGGAUGUUCUGGGGAGAUGGACUUAUCCUCUUGUUCCAGAUAGCAAUUUAGUCGCAGGACAAACAUAUAAAUUCCAGCGAGGCGGAUUUUGCAAGGAAAAUGGUGUCAUACUAGCUCGGACUUGCAAGAUUGGGAGAAGAACUGUAUUGGGGGCAGGCACGAGUAUAGGUGAUGGUUCAACGAUUAUCAAUAGUACUAUUGGUAGAGGAUGUCGAAUCGGGAAGAAUGUCACGAUUAAGAAUGCUUAUAUUUGGGAUGAUGUUAUUGUUGGCGAUGGAUCAUCUGUGGAGCAGACUAUAGUUGCUAAUAAUGUUUUGAUUGGACAAAAGUGCAAGAUUAGUGAAGGGUCACUUCUUUCAUUUGGUGUGAGGAUAGCUGAUGGAGUGGAAGUCGCUAAAGGAUCACGCAUUACAACCGGACAGAGAGCAAAGGAUGGUUUUGAGUCAGAUGACGAGACAGCAGAUUCUACCCCCAGCGAUCCUAAAAUCGUCGGAGAAGGCGGAGAAGGAUAUGAAUUCAUUGACGAAGAAGAAUUCGAAGAUGAAGAAUCUAGCGCCUUUCACUCCAGUCUCAUAUACUCAACCGCACAUCUCAAUAUCUCCAGCGAAUCCAUCUCUACCAUCUCAUCCGAAAUUUCAGCCGGUGAAGUCGAUACUCGAUCCCGUCACUCCAGUUUCGCAGGUUCUCUAUCGGAUGAUGAACAUGGACAUGGAAAUUCAGAAUCCUUCCAUCAUGAUGCUGUACAAGGUCUUCUUGAUACAUUGCGAGAGAAUGGAGAUUUCGAUGGUGCGAAGUUGGAAUUUAUGGGUUUGAGAUUAAGUAAUGACGCGGAUGAUUAUCAAAUUCGCAGAGCAAUCGCAGCGGCUUUCACAAAAUUCAUAGCGGAAGUUGUAACGGCUGGAACGAAAACAGCGGUUGAAGCAACAGUUCAGGCAUUGAGUGUAGCGGGUGCACAAAAAUUCUUGGAAGAGGUCGCGGUGGGAAUUGAGAGAGAUGAAGGGGGGAUGAAAGAAUUUCUCGUUUGUUUGCAGAAGGGAUUGGUGGGGAAACAGAAUGGAGCGCCGGUUAUGGCGAGUCUGUGCCAGAAAUUGUAUGAGAGGGAUGUAUUGACUGAAGAGGCAAUUUUGGGGUGGUGGGAGGAGGCGGAGAGUGGAGGGGAUGGAAAGGAGGGUGGGGAUGUGGAGAUGAAGAAGGUGAGGGAGAGGACGGGUGUCUUUGUUGAAUGGUUGAGAGAGGCGGAGAGUGAGGAGAGUAGUGAGGAGGAAGAUGAAAGUGAGGAGGAGGAUAGUGAUUAGGGAGUUUGAAGGGAGGUUGUAGGGAUGGUGAUGAAUUAUAUGGUCCAUGUUAAGUAUAUCAGGGCCCGAAGUCAAAAUUCUGUGGAUAGAUAUUAGCGAGAAUAAAAGGAAAGGGAAACUUUAUAUAUUUAAAUCUCAGUAAACGAAUUUUAAAAGUUCUUAGGUUGCGAGAUGGAAGAGGGAAAAGAAAAGAUUAUAAGAGAUGAUAUUUCAUAGUCUGAUUCUUAUGUGGAUUAGUAACCUUGGGUGAGUGUGUGUUUGUGUCUUUGUGAUACUCACUCUCUGAAUGUAGUCAAGGGAAAUCAAGAGGAGCUUGGGGAUUUGGAUAAGUGCUGGGAAAGAUUGCUGGGUAUUUAGAGAUCUGGGGUUUAUGGUUAGGUUGGGGAGGGGUGUGAAGAGGAGGGAGAGGGGUGGAGAUGAGAACGGGCAAGAUCGCCUAUAUUGAGCAGAAUUAGAUUAAAAUUUUGAAUAGCCAUGACAUAAUACUAACUACACGUAAAGAAGAUGUCUAGUCAGAAGAAAAUCAUCA